AUGGACCUCACGGAGAUUUCUGAAGUAUGUCCAGAUGAUAACAGAAGAGGAGCAGAUUAUUUUACAGAUGAACAAAGACGACAAAAAGUUGAGGAAUAUCUAUCAAGAAAAAAGACCUUUUCUGGUGUGCCCAUUCAAGAAAAUGAGGCAUCGAUCAGCAGCAGAACUAGGAGAGCAACUAGCAAUAAACUGCAAGACAAAAUACAGCUCUCAACAUCUCCAAAGCCAGGAAUGGAAAAUAAAGAGAAUGCUAAUAAACUGUCAUGGGACCAAUCAAGUGGAACCUCAGGAAAAAAUGUUAUUUUAAACUCUUCCACAGUGACACUGACAAAUUCCAUAUCGGGCACAAACUGCAAUCCUGAAGAUCAUGCUUCCAAGGAUGAAGUCACUGAAAUAAAAUCUCAGCCUGUGUCACUUAGCAAGUCCUUCUUGCAAAUAAAAAGCAAAAAAGAGAAGCAAUUGAUAGCAGAAAAACAAAAUUCAAGUGUCAGCCUACCAAAGAAACCAGUACUUGGUACAUAUCGUGGCAAAGUUAUCCAAUCCAAGAUAAACUCCUUCCGAAAAGCACCAAAAAGUGAGGGGGAAAAGAGUUCUUUGCCAGACAAGAAGCUUCUUCCUCUUGCCACCAAACCAGCAGCAAGUUCUUUGCCCACGAGCAGCUGUGGUGUAUUUCUAAAGACCAUCAAAGUCACAAACUGCCCUAAUUCUGUAAAACCAAAUGGUGUCCUCCCAUUCCAGAGCAAACCAUCUGACAAAGCUGCUAUUAAGUCACAGUCUAGUCUGAAGAAACGGCAACCAACAUCUGCUGUGGCACCAAAGAAAGUAGCAGCCCAAAAAAUGAUGGGUGGAAGGGGACCACAGCCACUGAAGGCUGCUUCUAACAAUUCUGACCACAGAGCACCAGGAGUGAAGAAAUGUGCAGAUUUUUGUGAAGAUGCAAGACCAGAAGCUCCAGCAAAACUAAUUUCUGUUGUUCCUGGUACAAAAUCGGGACUGGAUUCUAAAACUAAGGGCAACAGAAAAUCUGUUCUGCCAAAAGAGUCAGCAGAAGAGAGAAGAGCUCGCCUGGAUGAAUGGAGGUCAUCUAGAGGAAAAGUGAUGAGGAGACCUCCUAGAUAUGUGCUUCUGGGACCCCAGUCUAAAAGCAAAGAACAAGAAUUCUCUUCUGGUGAUUCUUUAGAGCAAGUAUUACAUAGCGAAAAGGUCAACAAGACUCUCGCAGAAUGUCUGCAGUUAACCAAACAGGGAUGUCAAGGCGAUGAAGUACAUGCCAUGUUGGAAGACCUGAUACAGAGCAUUCCUGGGGUUAAAAAGCUUGCGAAAUAUUGGAUCUGCUGUAUGCGUCUUGAACAGAUGGGCCCUCUUGAAAAACUUAUUGCUGUCUAUGAGGAGGCCAUUUUGGCAGGAGCAGUGCCUAAAGAUGAACUACGACACACACUAAUAGAGACUAUGAAAAAUACCGAAAACCUUUUUAAGUCUGAGGAUGGGGGAACUGUGAUAGAAGCUCAUUUAUGUGAGGUAGUGGAAGUCAACAAGGAACCAAAUUCAUAUGUAGAGCUGGCUCAGGAGGCCUUCAAGGAUCUCUGCUCUGAGGAUGACCAAAAAGCAGAGAGUGAUGACAAGAAGGCAGAGACUAGCACUGAAGUGAUCAAAAAAGAAGAAAUGGAUUUAGACUUGAAACAGAGAGAAGAGAUCUUGCCAAAGAAGAAUAAAAAGCACAAGACUAAAGAACACAAAAAAAAGAAAGGAAAAUGUGAAACAGAAGAGCAGAAUGAUGGUGGGGUGAAAGAUACAGCCCCAGCAGUUAAUUCUCCUGAGAAGAAUGACGCAUCUUAUUUAAUGAGAUACAAUCCAUCUACCACACCGUGCCUGGAAAGUGUGAAGAUGCACCAUGAGGCAAAUGACGCCAGUGCUAAAGACCUGACAAUUGUAACCCCUUUGCGAUAUUCUCAACGCAUUCGGGAGAAGAUGUGCAAGCUGUCGAAUACUCUUAAAGAUCAAGAUCCAUCUGUCUCUUCAUUUGAACAGCUGGGAGAAUUGGAAUCAAAAGCCACUGCAUUUACCCACAAACAGAGCAAUGAGCUCAAAGAAGCAAGUGCUGAAGUAGAAGAGUAA